UUCGGAAGAUGUCCAUUAUGGAAGGAACUUUAUGGAAAUGGACAAACUACUUAAGCGGUUUGUAUGACUUUUACUAAGCGCUCAUUCAUUCGUUUGUUAUUGUUUUGAAACUACCGUUGUAUCGCGCAACCUCGAGAUAAUGAAAUAAGGAACUGAUUUUUCUCCUCGAGGGGGGAAUUUUUUUUCUGUUUACGGCUCGACAAGGAGUCUUUUCGUUACAAUUUUGGGGGAAGUUAGUAUUGUUACUACGUUACGUUUACAUCCACUUCACACGUUUCAGCGCAGUUUUUCUUUUAAAGUGUCAUUAUCGCUUGUCUCCUUCUCUCCAAUGUUAGAGAAGUUUAUAGUAGACUUAAUUUGUCAAACAAGGGACUCACCAAAAACUGCAGACAACCCAGCUGAUUUUAAUUUAUAUUUCGUAGGAUUUCCCGCGGUUUUGAUUCUCGAUCUUAAGUCCCCCGGUUCAUAACUUAUUUAUAAUCGCUUGGUUAGAAAUCAAACAAAGAGAUCAAUUAUUCAUUAAUUACUUUGGAAAACCACCCACUACAAGCUUAUUUAGAGGUAGGCCAUGGACUUGCAGAAGUUGUUGUUUAAUGUCACUUAAUUUUGAAUUGAUUUAUUACAAACCUAAGCGUAAAAUAAUGUUAUAAUUUUGCACGCUGCAACAAAAUGGACGUCUCAUGACACGUAGAUAACGAAUUAAUUAUUUUGUGGAAAUGAUUUACAUAAACUUCAUUUUGAAGGUCGUACAAAAAUAUUAAUUUUGAUAAUUGAAUUAUUGUAUUUGAUGUGAUGGCUGCUAAAAUGAAAAAGUCACUUAAUUCUGACGUGGACUGCCAGAUUCGAUUUGUAUGUAGUUGAUUGCUUGGUAAGGUAAGAGCAGUGACUUGUGUGUUUCUUUUUUUUGUUAUUCCAAAGAAGAAAAAAUUAUUGCUUCAAACUUUCCAUAUGAACUUUUAGUGAGUCAAUUUGUUUUUCAAAUCAAGAUGUGUAAUUACAGUGUUACAAAAUGAGACAAAAUAACUUACAACAAGUCCCCUUAGGGAUCUUGUGAUUAAUAUAUGUACAUGUAGAUGUUUUGUUGGUUAAAAAGUGCUUUUUGAGUGGAAAAAUUAAUUUUAACUUUGGUAGGGCUAGCGUGUAGUAGUUUUAUUAGUUUUAUGGUGAAAAAUAAGAUUUAAACACUUCAGUUUGUUGGCUGAGUAAAAUGAGUGCACAGAAUUGCAUGUUUUCUAUAAACUUCCCUAGUGACUAUAACAUAUUUUUUUAUUAUUAAUGAAACAGGGCUUCUGAUAUUUCGCGUGGUCGUGGAGCCGCGAAAUUCAGGUAAAUCUGCAAAAUCCCGCGAAAUUCACAAAAAAAUACCUCGAAAUUCGGAAGAAAUCUUAUCAAAUACAUGUCUGUACAACAUAUUAGAAACUUAUUUCAGCUAUUGGAUCUAUUUACUUGCCGUAAACUUGCAAAUUUAUCUUAGAACUUUGUCACUGAAACGUGCAAACAACAUCCCAAAACUACCAGGCGUAGAUUAUGUUGCGAAAAACUGGUCACUAGCCAUGAUGUUAAAGGCUUUGCCAUAGGUUCAUUUCUGGAGCGUAUUGUUGUUGAAAGAGCAAAUGAUGACCUCUGUUAGAAAUAUGUUAAAAACGUUGACCAGUCUGAUCAGCACAAAGCAGAUUGAUUCCUAGCAAAAUUUGCCUUGAAAAUAACCACAAAAUUGGCUGUUUUUUACCGAUUGCUUUUUGGUGAAGUUUGCCCCGAAAACUCCCGUGAAAUUACCGCAAAAUUGGCCGAUUUUUCCGUGAAUUUGUCCCUAAAAACCCCGUGAAUUUGACUUUUCUUCUGCGACCUGUCAGAAGCCCUGAUGAAAUUUUUAUUAUUACUGCAAGAAUCACUUAGGCAGCUCAGAAUCUUUUCGUGUUAUGUUUGACUCCCCAUUCUUCCAAAUUUGAUUUUUGGUUGGCUAGUAAUACACAGGCAGAGGUCUUAGUAUUAAGAUCACUUCUUUAUAUUUGUCCUUCAGGACUAGUAUUAGUUGCCUGCAGGUAAACAGAGUAAGUGAGUAUACAGUAUUUGUUAGAUUAUAAACUGAACUCAACCAUAAGACCAACACUGCCCCUGCAGUCAUACAAGCACUGACUUAACUGACUGAGCUAGUCAUGCUGUGGUUGAUAUUUGGACUUAAUAUUGUUUAGGCUGGCAACCAAGAUGGUUUGUUCUAGAUGUUGGUGUGCUGGCAUAUUACAAGUCACAGGAAGAGGUGGGUCUUGGCAGUCGAGGCUCUGUUAAAAUGGCUUGCUGUGAAAUCUCAGGUUAGUGCUUUUUCUUGAUUCUUUUUUUCUUAAAAGAACGAUUCCAAACAGGGAUAUUCAAUUCAAUAGUAGUGCUUGAAAUACUCCUGCAAUUGCUAUUCCUUCAACUGCAUGUAAUUAUGUACACUGCAAUUUGCCCUUUAAGCCCCAAUAUUCCCAUUUUCUCCAUCAAUUUUCUUCCAACAAUAUAUAUCUACAGAUACAUUUUCUCGUAACACUUAUCAGUACAUAACCAAGAGAAAAAGUUUUGAGAUUUAAUAAAAUUACUACCAAAGGGAAAUGCUUUCAAUUGAUGAUCUUUUAUCAAAUUUUCUUGACCAAUUCUGUAAGGAAAUGUAUAGAGUUCAGUCUGGAUAAUUUGUAUGUUGAUAUUAGGGCUUAAAGAGAGUGUUAACCAACAUAAUAAUUAUAACAAAGAAACUGUUGUUUUAUAGUUCAUCACUCAGAUGCAGUAAGGAUUGACUUAAAGAUCCCCCCUGACCAGUACAUUUACUUAAGGGCAGCCACACCUGCUGAACGGCAGCAAUGGCUUGUUGCUCUAGGAACAGCAAAAGCGUGCCUUACAACAAUGAAGCAGAAUGGCCACUCAGAAACCCCUGGAGAAUGUAAGUGGUAAAUGUGUACAAUGAGAAUUUGCUUUUAAAUUAACAUGUGUGAGCUACAAUCUCUGUAAUUUAUGGCCGUCCUUAUAAAUUAUUGCAACCAGCUUUUCAAAAAUAUCUUGCCACCCAGCCCAUGAUAUGAAUGAUGUGUUGAAUGGGGAAACUUCCCCUACCCUUUGAGAACAGUGUGGGUUCUUUUAAGUCCCGAUUAAAUUGUCUAAUAAAACAAGGAUGAAAAAGAGAAGAUCAAUUAAUAGUUUAACUUCCCCACGAAAAUGACCCAGUUAGUUCAUAAAACUUUCUGAGCCAUAUGCAUAUUUUAAGAGCAUACAUAUAUAUGUUGUGGUUCAAAUUUAAUCUUUGGUUUCAAUUUUUUUAAACAGUUUAAAUUUUUCAAACUCUUUUUCCUAGAGCUUGUUUAAAAAAAACCCAUUAUAUUUCUUAAUUCUUUGUCUAAAUAUUUGUAUAGGUAAUAGCAUGAUUUGUAGUGAUAUUUGGCAUAAAUGCCACGAGUGAUGUUUCAAAAUUGUUAUACGUAAUUUCACGAGCCGUUAGGCGAGUGAAAUUUGAGACAAUUUUGAAAUAUCACAAGUGGUAUUUAAGCCAAAUAUCACGUACAAAUCAUGCUAUUAUUUGUUUAUACCACUACCCGCAAAAGGUUUGUAAUUUUUACAUGUAGCUAUUUCAAAUUAAGCUGAAAUACCACUGCUCUAAGCCAAUCAAAUUGCAGAAAUUUCUCAUCUAGUAGUAUUUUAUAUUAUAUUGGGUGAUUGCCGGCAAAGGGGACUUUUGUAUACAACUCAUGGUGAAAAAGAACCUCUGCUUGUAGGGUAAUUUAAUCAGUACUGACAAUGUUUUACAUGUAGGAUUUACAUGUCAGAAUCAUGAGUGUGUUUUCUUAGAUGAUUUUUGUUUGUACUCAUCUUUUGUUGAACAGCUAUAAAUCAAUUAAAAGAAAAGAUGCAAGAACUUAACAUGUACCGUAGCCUGCUGCUGCAGCAGAUUGGAACCAUAAAGAUGCUAUGUGCUAAUAAAGAGGAGAGUCAGGUAAUCUUCUUUAGGCUUCUAAUUGCUGAUAAAUGGGUGUAUUCUCUAUAAGCACUCCACACCUUUCCUUCAAAUGCUAUCACUAUGGAGAAUGUGUGUAAAAGUAGAUAUACCGUGGUUCGUACAAUCUUGAAAAGGUCUUAAAUUUUAGAAGUCAUCUUGAAAAGUCCUUGAAAAGUACUUGAUUUCUUUAUCAGGUCUUAAAAAGUCCUUGAAAUUCACUACCUUAGCUAUGCACAACACAAUUUUCUUGAAAAUUAGAAUUUUUGCUGGGGAAAAAUUGGCUCAUCCACAGUAUAAAAACCUGUAAAACUCAUGGGUAACGUAAAAACAAUUUUUUUUUGUAUUAUAAACAAUAUUUUAUUUCUGUUUCUUUAUUUUGAAUGCUAUUUCUGUACAUCAGAUGCAAUCAAUUGCAAGUCAUUUUGUAAAGUGUAAUUGUUGCGGAAAUUAUAAACUAUAAACAUAAUCAAUUACCAUGGCUGAACAAGUAAAAAUUGUAAAUGACUCCAUGACGUACGUGUUUUAGCCAUGCUUGAGGUGUUCAAAAGGGGGGUGAAAGAAUGCCGAUUUAUUGAACAUUGAAAUACUGAAAAUAGUUUCAUCCCACUGUAGUUUGAUUCUCACAGACAGUUUCUGUUUGUUACCUGGUAAAAUUAGCGUUAAAAGACAAAGGAACUUGAGAAUCAGCUAUGGUAAAGCCAUUUUUUCCCCAAAGGGCUCAGCUGUAAAACUCAUAACUUUCAUUUCACCCUGAUUUCAUGUGAGUUCUUUAUCUCACCAUCAUUUUAAACACCUAAGACCAAAGAAAUAUAAAAUAUGAACCAUGGAUAAAUUUGAAUCAUUGAACCAAAAAAAAGCUUUUUUCCUCAGGAAUUUGGUGAAGCUGGUACAAUGCUAUCUGCAACUUGUGAUGAGUUUCUUAAAAAUCUUUGUGAUUGUGUGGAACUGGCUGAAGGAAACUUUGGUGAGUACAAUACAUGUAAAUUACCUUAAACUGCUACUUAUAAUCCCUGGACUAUAAUAUUAUAGCACUUCGUAAGGAGGGGCUUAUAUCCAAGGCAGCUUAUAACCAGAAUAAAAAAAGUGUACUGCUUUGAUCAAAAUUAGGUAUAGCAGUGCUUAUCAAAAUACAUUUUACAUUUACUGGGUUUUAAUAUUAUUUUAGCUUUUCAAUAAAAUUUAUAUGCUUCAGGGUUCGCAAAUACGCCAAAUUUGACGUAUUUUACGCCAAAAUUGUUCAGAUGACUCCACUUAGGUUACAGAGGGAAUCACUUCGACUCCAAAAAUUUUUGGUAACAAACAGGGAGCCACUUCGACUCCAGAAAUUUUCGGUAACAAACACAGUUUUGUCCUUACCUUUUUUGCAACAAAUGCAAUUUACGUUAAUUGUAAACAUUGUAAAACCUUGAUUAAGUCAUCGAAAUUAAAGAAUAAUUAUUAUUAUACUGCACAACAAAACAGGAAGCGGGUAAAUUACGAUCAAAGUUUACUUGAUGACCACCAUCAUAGAUUUGAGCUUUCCAGGUCAGCGGACUGCCACAGCUACUUCAUGUAUCCCUCACGAUAGUGUAUACAUGACAGGACCACGUGCUGGAAAGUCUGAUACUUGACUCCAAAAUUUGUGAAGCAGAAGUCAAACUGACUCCACUCAUCAAUAAAAUUUGCAAACCCUGAUGCUUCCUUAACAAUCAACCAAUGCAGCUCAUUUAAAACUGGCAUGAUGUGGGCAUAUUUUCUGGUCAAACAAUCAAGUCUUGCAGCAGCACAAAGUCAUCGUAGUUACAUUCUGGUUGCUGAAUGUUUCUUUUUUCUUUUCUCUGAUAGGGAGUUCGUCAUCAUCACCUUCCUCACCAACCACUUCAAUGAGCAAGGUAAUUAAUGCAGAAUAAUGUUCAUUGACGACUGUCACGUGUUAAGAUUUAUGGAUUCAGUAAUAUUAGACUAAAGGUGGAUUUCCACUGGCACGUAAUUUUAUGUGGGUGGGUACGUGCGUAAAUAAAAUAGAGACAAUAUAUGGAAGGUCGUGCGUAAACAUAGAAAUUGAACCUCACUCAACUUUUAUGUUUAUGUGCAGUCUUUCUUACAUUGCCCAGUCUAUUUUAUUUACGUGUGUACCCACCCACUUAAAAAUUACUCGACAGUGGAAAUCCAUCUGAAGACCUUAAAAUGGCCUUUGAAAUGUUUUUUGCUCUUCUCUAUAAUGUCUCUCCAACUAAGUAUUUUGCUUUAAACUGGAAAGCAGUAUUCAUAUCUUACUGAUGUUCUGUUUGUAGACUUUAUCAUCAUCAAAGCACAGUGCAUUUCGAAAACAACUGCUUCAUGAAACACAAAGGUCAGUACAUGUUGCUGCCAUUAUUAACAUAUUAGUUAAAUAUGAUUAUUAUAAAACCAAGACAAUGUUGAAUAAUCUUUUUUUGGCCUGUUUGAAGGAUGAAAUUUCAAAUUGUGUGUUAGUUUUGCUGACAAUUUUUUAAGAAUAAAUGAUUUUGAUAAUGAACAGGUUUGUACCACCGGUAUCUGAAGUCACCUAGCCACCAACUAAAUUGCCACCAAGAAAUACGUAUCUUAAUACUUAUCAAAAGGACAAGUCUCUAACAGAAAAUUCUGUCCCUUUAGAUUUGCAAUGAAAUUUAAGGAGGUAAGGUCCAAGUGACAAUAUUAACCAACUUUCAUAAGAAAGAACAACUCUCACAUCUCGAGCAAUGCAAAUGAGCCAUACUAAGGUGUUUUAAAAAAAGUCACAGUUCACAAAAAAUAGUACUAAAGAUGAGAAGUUCGACGCAAGGUGUCAAUUAAAAUCAAUUAACUUAUAUUUGGGCUUGAGGAAGAAGUAACAAUCCCAGGUAAGUAAACGGUAUCAGUUAUUACAGAGGUAUUAUGUGGUGGCGAGUAGACUUCUUGGUGGCGAGAUGGUUCGGUGGCGAGGUGACCAUAAACCGUACUAUCUAUUCCCGCAUUCCCUGGACUUCCUCCCCUUACCAUCAGAAUUUCCAACGACUAUACUUUAGGACCCCAACCACACACCGAAAUAUUGGUGAACUAAGAUAUUUCUAGUACGAAUUUCUAUAUUUGAACAAGAUAUCGCGAUAUUACAACGCAAUAAAAUAUGCUAAACGCACAGGUCUGUUACAUUCCUAGCUUUUUACAGUAUUGUAAAAAUCAGCUAGUGAAAAUCCGCUUUUAAAAUGGUAUUAAAAAUUUCAUGUUCACUGCUCAAAAAAUUCCUUUGAGCAACUUGUCAGUUGUCGAGAGUUUUUCACGUCUUAUCAUUUUCACAUUUAAUUUAGAUCAUCCUCACCUCCUCCAUCACCCACGUCAAGUGUGGCAAGUACGUUAAGCUCUUCUUACAAUGGUGAGUGAUUCUCUUUUCAAUUUACACUGUUGUUUCUCUUGAGACUAACCCCUCGUGACAUGGGUAAUGAGUUUUGUUAAAGUUCAAAUCAACUUCAACUUGAACUUUAUUUGAAUGAAUAUUUGUAAAUAUUCAACACGAAGAGACUGGUCUGCAAGUAGCAUUUGCUAAUCUGUGCGGAAUAGUC